UAUUAUAUAUGUGCCAUAUAGAGCACUAUUAUGGCUUCUUAAAAUACUUUGUAAAGAAUUAAGUUGAAACUUUUUCAAAAUAACUAAAACAUCACCCAAUUGCUUCUAAUGCGGGUCACCCCCCAACCCGAGGUGUACAUAUCACAUUACGAGCUAACAUUCACUCAAAAAGACUCCUCAGGGCAAUGGGUAAAUCCGCAGGGUGCUGCAGCACGCACCAGGCAGCGCGGAACCUCCCAUCGCGCCUGAAGGCUCACGGUCACGUGGUCCCCAAAACGCAUAUAAAUCAGCAGAUUCCACGAGCAUCACUGAUCUGCUCUCAGUUCAAGCAACCGAAAGCAAGAUGCAGUAGCAGAAGCAAGGCAUUGAUGGAGAACAGAAGCUCCGUGCUCUACCUCGCCACAUUUGAGGCCCCGUACCCUGUGCAGGUGCUCAUAUUCAGCCUGUGCCUUGCGAUGUACCUAACUAUAAUUGCAGCCAACAUGCUGGUGAUUUUGAUGGUGGCAGUGUCCACAGACUUACACAAGCCCAUGCACAUAUUUCUGUGCAAUCUUGCGAUUGGCGACAUCAUUGGCAGCACAAGUGGCUUUCCCAAACAGCUGCACAUCCUCCUGACGGGCAACAGAGAGAUCCUGUACGUGUCAUGUGUCGCACAGAUGUUCACAGAUCACAUAUUCAUCCUAAAUGAGGUGUUUACAUUGGCUGUUAUGUCUGUUGAUCGCUACCUGGCCAUCUGCUACCCAUUGCACUACCACACCAAGGUUACUGCAAAGAGAUCCAUUUUCACGGCAUUACUAUCCUGGCUGAUUGCAAUGGGUACAGUCAGCGUUCAAGUGAUCAUCAUCCUUCAAGUUAAAUUGAAGGAAAAUGACAGACAAAUCCAGGGUAUAGCAUGCGACAAUAUGGGAAUAUCAAAGUUAGCCGUCGGUGACGCGAGCAAAGUAGAAUCUUACGGAAUAUCAAUUAUCGUGAUGUGCAUUGGCGUUCCUCUCUGUGUCAUUGCGUACACCUACGUUCGGAUUAUUGUCGUGUGCAAGCGCUCGAGUUCCUCCGAGUUCAGGACAAAGGCUCUGUACACAUUUGGCACGCAUUUCAUGGCACUUGCCAUCCUUUUCACGUCCAUAUUUCUAAACGUCCUCGUGCCGCGCUUUGUGAAGGAUGAGAACAAUGAAGGCACGCGAAACCUGAGAUCCGUCAUCCAGUUGGUGUUCUUUCUCAUCCCCGCUGCGAACGUGCUCAUUUACUGCGUGCGCAUGAGUGAGCUGAGGAUCGCAAUUGAUAAGCGCUUCAAGAAGAUCUCGCGUAAGAUGCAUUUCUGUCCGACGAUGAAAGUUCAUGUUUUCGGUCGCGGUUGAAUCAUGUCUCAGGCCAAGUACAGAAGUCCCAAUUUUUGUUCACGUAGCGAGUACAAACUUGUAUUAGCACUACCGAGUGCACAUUUGAUGGCACAACGUACACCAUGGUACCUAGGUGUUACAUUUUAUAGCAUACGAAUUUGUGCUUGCUGUGCAGUUAAAAGUAUCCACUGUUGAGUAAGAGACCUUCAUAUCCGUGAAGCUGGAUAUAACAUGUUGACUUAAAGCUUUCGUGACUGCAGGAAUUCAUACUCUUUGGGUCCGUCGGUAAAGUCACGUAGAUAUAUAUAUAUUUUUUAAUCACGACGU